AAAAAAUCGAGUAGUCGAUUGCAAUAUUUUACCACAUCCAGUUAAAGAAUUGUGGCGGACACUGUGAUUAAAAAAAAUCUAUAUCAGGCGUGUAGUGAUUAAAAAAAAAUGUUUGAAAAUGUUGAAAAAAAAAAGACGUUACGUCGUCGUUACGUGCGAGUGGGUUGAAUUGGAUAUAAUAUGAAAGGAAAUAUGUGAAAUCAAUAGUGAACAGUUGAAAGGAAUAGUAAAUACAACAGGAAACUAUUGUUAUACAUAAAAGAAAAAAAGUUAUUAUGGACGUCGGGGAUCGAAAAGAAUGCAGGCGCCGGAAAAAUAUUGAAGAAUCGUCCAAUUUUUUGAGCGCACUGUUUUUCGGAUGGACACUGCCAAUUUUCUGGAAGGGGUCAAAGCAUGAUUUACAGAUAACAGAUUUGUACGAUCCCUUGAAAUCCGACGAAUCUGAACAACUCGGCGAUCAUCUGGAAAGAGAGUGGAUCAAGGAAUUGGCUAAAUCUGAAGCGACGAGGAUCCUGAAUAAAGAUGGCGAAAAGAAGCGAACGAGGCAACCGAGCCUUGGAUGGGCGCUAACGCGGAUGUUCUGGCUGCUUUACAUGGUUCAAGGGCUGUUCGUUUUCUUCCUCUGCGUGGUUCUAUACAUCGUUGAACCGGUUCUCCAGGGGUGGAUCAUCGAGUACUUCGAUCGGGUCGAAAGUGGCAUCACACGAAGCAUGGCUCUCAUUUACGCCGGACUUUUGGUCCUCGUGAUAUUCGUCGGCAUACUCAUCAUGCAUCACACUGAUCUCCGCACACAGCAAAUCGGGAUGCGCGUCAGGGUUGCCUGCUGUUCUCUGAUUUACAGAAAGGUUUUACGUCUUGAUCAAAAUGCGGUCCACAACACUGCAGCUGGCAAAGUUGCAAAUUUAAUAAGCAACGACGUGGCUCGAUUUGACAGCAUUUUUACAUUCCUUCAUCAUUUUUGGAUCAUGCCAAUACAGCUGGCGAUAACUGGAUACGUGAUGUGGCUAUCAAUUGGCGUCGCCGCGUUCAUAGGAAUCGGAGCCAUGGUGACCCAGACGCUGCUUCUGCAAGGGUAUUUCAGUCACGUCGGUGGAAAGUUGAGGGCUAAAAUUGCCAGGAAAACAGACGAGAGGGUGCAACAGAUGACCGAAUUGAUUUCUGGAAUACAGGUGGUAAAAAUGUAUUCCUGGGAAAAACCGUUCAUCAAAAUGGUAUCAAAAGUCAGAGAUCUGGAGCUGAAAUUUAUAAGCUACGCUUCGUAUUUGAGAGGAUUUAAUUGGAGCAUAAUAAUGCUGUCGGGAAGAAUCACCCUCUACUUGACGCUGAUAAGUUUUGUCCUCAACGGAAAUACGAUCACAGCGGAAACGGCUUUCGUUAGCGUUGGUCUGAUAAACGCGCUGAGAAUAUCAUGCGCAGUUUACUUUCCCCUGGCGCUCAUCCUUGCCGGUGAAGCCGCUGUGUCCUUGGACAGAUUAACAGAGUUCUUACUUCUGGACGAAGUAAAAUGCGUGGAAAAAGCUCAACUUGCCUGCACCGAAAACGGGCCCGGUGAUGUGGAUAGAUUGGAAAUACUUGAACACGGAGUUGGAAUACGGAUGGACACGGUCGCGGCGAAUUGGAUUUUCGGCAACCUUCCUCCAACGCUGUCCGAGGUUUCUCUGGAAGUGAAAAACCGAUGUUCGUGCGCGCUUGUCGGACCGGUUGGAUCGGGCAAGUCGUCACUGCUGCAUCUGAUUCUGGGAGAGCUGACCGUUGGCGCUGGGAAGCUGUCGUUUUUCACGGGGAAAGAAAGUGAAGCCGAAAUAACCAGUCGGGAUAUUCGCGUCUCUUACGCCAGUCAAGACCCCUGGCUUUUCUCCGCUUCAAUACGCGACAACAUUUUGUUCGGUCUGCCGUACGAGAAGAAGCGGUACCAAGAGGUGACCGAAGCCUGCGCCCUGCUCAAAGAUUUUGACCAACUGUCGCAAGGGGAUCUGAGUCUUGUCGGCGAGAGGGGAGCUUCUUUGUCAGGAGGUCAGAGGGCUCGAGUGAACUUGGCAAGAGCCGUUUACAGGGACGCCGAUCUUUACUUACUCGACGAUCCUCUCAGCGCUGUGGAUUCUCGAGUUGGUCGUCACCUUUUCGAGAAGUGCAUCAAUGGUUUCCUAAAGUCGAAAACACGGAUCAUAGUUACUCAUCAGCUUCAAUAUCUCGAACAAGUCGACACUGUUAUUUUCGUUAAUCGCGGUACCGUUGAAUGCCAAGGAACGUUCCAGGAGUUGAAUGCCUCAAACUUCCGGAAUUUGAUUUUCGAAAAUUGUGAAAAAUCUGACGGUGCCGAGUCCACGGAAAAAGUGGACGCAGACGCGACAAAAUUUGAGACAAAGGACGUAGUUCCAGGUAACGAUGAACAGCGACUAAAACACACCGAGAGUAUGCAGGAAUUGGAAAACAUAGACGAUGAGGAAAUGGCAACGGGAUCAAUAUCAAGCGAAGUAUACCGGGGCUAUUUUUUUGCCGGUGGCAAUCUAUGCUCACUGGCGAUCGUCGUUCUGGCCUUCGUAGCCGGACAAGUGGCGGCCAGUGGAUGUGACUAUUGGAUGACGUAUUGGACCAACCAGGAAACUCUCAAAUCCACGUUGCAAUCUAACAAAUCCGUCGUCGGUGACAUGGAUUACAAUAAUUCCGUAUCGCAGUGGGUCGAUGAACGCGGAUUGCUGCGACAAAAUGUGGGAAUUUGGGUCUAUACCGCUUGCAUCGCCGGAUGCACCAUCACCGUCGUACUGAGCAACAUACUGUUCGUCAGGAUCAGCAUGAACGCAAGUCGCAACAUACACAAUGCCAUGUUCUCGAACAUUUUGGAAGCAACAAUGAGGUUCUUCAACACUAAUCCAUCUGGUAGAAUCCUGAACCGAUUUUCAAAGGACGUAGGUGCGAUGGAUGAGAUACUACCAAAGGCAAUAAUGGAGAUGAUUAUGAUUUUUACUACAGUGAUUGGAUCGCUAGCAAUGGUAUUCAUUGUCAUCAACUGGAUGAUCAUUCCGGCAAUCGUUGUAGGGGGUGUUUUCUAUCCCAUGAUGAUUUACUACAUCAAAACUGCGCAGGGUCUAAAGAGAUUAGAGGGCAUCACGAAGAGCCCCGUUUUUUCGCUCGUCAGUUCAACCCUUGAUGGACUGGUAACAAUACGAAGCAGUGGACCCUUGGUCGAAAACUUGCUGCGAAAAGAGUUCGACCGUCAUCAAGACACGCACACUACGGCUUGGUAUCUGACUAUUGCCACAUCAACUGCCUUCGGUUUUGCCCUUGAUUUAAUUUCGUGGCUUUUUAUCGCUUGUGUUUGCUUCUCGUUGGUUUUGAUGGAUAAUGAAAAUACUUCCGGAGGGCUUGCUGGACUUGCUAUCUCACAAUCACUUAUCUUGAAUGCUAUGGUUCAAGAGGGCAUGAGGAACAUCACUAUCGUAAUUUCUCAGAUGACUUCGGUCGAACGACUGCUACAGUACACCAAUCUACCCAAGGAGGGACCAUUCGAUUUCGACAACUCUCCUCCAUCGAAUUGGCCUUCGAUGGGCUCUCUUGUCUUCAAGAAUGUCUCUAUGACGUAUUCAAUCGACAAGCCUCCGGCAUUGAAGGGUCUGAACUUGAACAUUCGACCCGGCUGGAAAGUGGGAGUUGUGGGAAGAACCGGAGCUGGAAAAUCCUCACUGAUUUCCGCGCUGUUUCGUUUGGUCGGAGACGGACUAGAUGGGGAAAUUUUUCUGGACGGAAUAAGCACCAAGACCAUUGGGUUGAACGACUUGCGGUCACGGAUCUCGAUCAUUCCCCAGGAGCCAAUUCUGUUUUCCGCGAGUCUGCGGUACAAUUUGGACCCGUUCGAACAGUAUUCGGACGCAGAGCUGUGGAACAGUAUUCGGGAAGUGGAACUUGGCGGUGUCAUAUCUUCCCUCGACUUUUCCGUCGCCGGAGGUGGAGCCAAUUUCAGCGUUGGACAACGCCAGCUGAUCUGCUUGGCCAGAGCCAUCCUCAGGAAUAAUCGGCUGCUCGUGCUCGACGAAGCUACUGCCAAUGUUGAUCCCAACACCGAUGCCUUGAUACAAAGAACCAUCAGACGAAGGUUCGUUGAUUGCACCGUGUUGACAGUGGCUCAUCGGUUGAACACGAUAAUGGACAGUGAUCGAGUUCUGGUCAUGGAUGGCGGCUGCAUCGUGGAGUUCGACCAUCCGCAUUUGCUGUUGAAGGAUCGCGAUGGUUACUUUUCGCAAAUGGUUCAACAAACCGGAAAAACGAUGGCGGAAGAAUUGGCGAAGAUUUCUGAAAGCGCAUUUCCUGAAACUUCAGACAUCGCGAGCGAUGUAACAAAUGAUGGUGAAAAAAUAGAAUGAGAAGAUCCCUUUUCAAUAAUUUUGCGUCCUUCAUUUAUUGUACGAUCAAGUUGCUUGUCUGAAGUUUCACAAUAACAAAUUCCACUAUUGCUGUACUUAUGCGCAAUUUCAAUCCGAUAACUCUCAACAAUUUUUCAUAAUGUCGAAUGGCACCUCGAUACAUAUAAGAAUCUCAGAUUUCUACAUUAAACAUUAAAAAAAAAAGAAUAUGAAAACUAUUGACAUCCAAUAAGAUUAAAUUAUGAAUAAUCAACAGUAAGAUGUAAUUAUUCAUAAUCAUAUAUCUACUUGCAGUUAUAACCCUGGACAUAGGUAAUUAGAUUUCAAGAUCUAGAUUGAAUUGAACAAUUUUUUCUCGAAAAUUUAAUGAUCGGGUGCAAUUACGUCUGCUAAGCAUAACAAUCUGAAAUUGGUUAGACGAUUUCAAUACAUCUUUGAAAAGUGAAUAUUCGUAUGCAAAGGUUCUUUGUAAGAUAGUAUCUAUUCGUUACAUCGAAGGUCUUACAUACUUCAGAAUUUACUAGUUAUACUCCUCCGCGGUCUCUAUACCAAAAUUUUUUCAC